AUGUCAACUAAUACAUUAAAUGAAAAUUUUCAAAAAUUUCUUAAAACUAUUUAUGAUUGGCCGGAAUCAACUAUAGAAAAAAAUGUUCUUAUUCACAUGCUUGAAAAAUUAUGCCAUCAAAACUCUGAAUUAGAAAAUAUUUAUCAGGAAGUAUCAAUACCAUGCAUAGAUCAUCAAUCUUCAAAUCAUAAUACGGAUGAAAACUCUCUAGUAGAAUCAAUAGAAAUUUCUACUAAACAACCAGUUGUUCAAAAUGUUCUUCAACCUUUGAUUUAUAUUAAUUGUCCACCAACAAUAAAUGAAGAUUUUAACGUUAAAAAACUAUCAAAUCCAUCAUCUAAUACUCUUCCAAAUAACACAUUAGUUAAGGAAGGAGAUUUAACUGUAAGAAAAGGUUCUACAAUUUUAUCACCUUUAUUAAAAAAACAUGGAUCAAAAACAAUUGUUUAUUGUGAAUUAUCAUACACUUAUUGUAAUAAUGAAAAAAUUGUAUAUCUUGUUGUUUAUGAAAAUCGAAAAAGUCGAAAACCUUUACAUAAAUUUAUAAUAGAUCUUAAUUGUACAUUUGUUGGUGAAAGCAAAAGAGAUUUUCAAUAUAAACAUGAUUCAGGAAUUGAAAAAAAAUCAUCUUGCUUUGAACAUGUAACUGACGUUCCCAAACGACCGCCACCUCGACUAAUAAAUUCUAUUUUACCUGAAAAUAUCUAUGUGUGUCUCUACGAUAAUUAUUCAACAACUAAUGAUUCUCAUGAACUUGAAUUUAAAUGUGGUGAUCUUCUAUAUAUAAUUAAUAAAGAUGGACCAAAUUUUUAUAUUGGUCGUCAAUUAAAACUUCCUUUAAAUAAUUAUGAGCAAACACCAAUAGGUCUUGUUUACAAAGGUUACAUCAGAUCAGCAUAUGAAAAAGUUUAA